ACCCUUCAAAACGUUUUCCUGCAUUAGGAGAGACAGAGAAAUGAGGGAGGAGAGGUGAGAGACUCUCCCAGAGCCGCAGGAAUAAUUGCAGCUUCGGACGGGACAGUUCUCGAUUUCCCUCCCUGGGCGCCCUCACACUGGUGUUUGCCGGCAGAACACGGGGAAGAAGAGCUGGCUCCCGGCCCUCGGGUCUUGACCGGUGAAGGAGACAGGUUCUGGGGAGACGUGGGACUCAUUUCAGUGGUUCCGUCUGGAGAAGCCCAGCGAGAUGCCGGGCCUGCUUUCAGUCUUCCUCUGCUUGCUGCUGCUCUUCAAGUCGGUUGCCCCUGUGACCUUUCGCCACCACCGCUAUGACGACCUCGUGCGGACACUGUACAAGGUGCACAAUGAGUGCCCCUACGUCACGCGGCUUUACAGCAUCGGGCGCAGUGUGAAGGGGAGACACCUCUACGUGCUGGAAUUCAGCGACCACCCUGGAUUCCACGAGCUCUUGGAACCCGAGGUCAAGUACGUGGGGAACAUGCACGGCAACGAGGUGCUGGGCCGCGAGCUGCUGCUGCAGCUGUCGGAGUUCCUGUGCGAGGAGUUCCGGAACGGGAACCAGCGCAUCGUCAGGCUGGUCCAGGACACGCGCAUUCACAUCAUGCCGUCCAUGAACCCGGAUGGCUACGAGGUGGCCGCCUCCCAGGGACCAAACGUUUCUAGGUAUCUGGUUGGCAGGAACAACGCAAAUGGCGUGGACCUGAACCGCAAUUUCCCCGACCUCAAUAGCUACAUCUACUACAAUGAGAAGUAUGGGGGUCCCAACCACCACUUGCCCCUUCCCGACAACUGGAAAAACCAGGUGGAACCCGAGACCCGGGCCGUGAUCCACUGGUUACACUCUUUCAACUUUGUCCUUUCGGCUAAUCUCCAUGGAGGGGCAGUGGUGGCCAAUUACCCCUAUGACAAGUCCCUGGAGCACCGGGUCAGAGGUUUCCGCCGCACUGCCAAGACCCCCACUCCUGACGACAAGCUUUUCCAGAAGCUGGCCAAGGUCUACUCCUAUGCACAUGGAUGGAUGCACCACGGCUGGAACUGUGGGGACUACUUCCCAGACGGCAUCACCAAUGGGGCUUCCUGGUAUUCCCUCAGCAAGGGAAUGCAAGACUUUAACUAUCUCCAUACCAACUGUUUCGAGAUCACGCUGGAACUGAGUUGCGACAAAUUUCCCCGCCAAGAGGAAUUGCAGCGCGAGUGGCUCGGUAAUCGGGAGGCCCUAAUCCAAUUCUUGGAACAGGUACACCAUGGCAUCAAGGGAAUGGUGCUUGAUGAGAAUAAUAAUAAUGUCCCUGAGGCUGUCAUUUCUGUCAGUGGGAUUAACCAUGAUGUCACUUCAAGUGACAAGGGCGACUACUUCCGGCUGCUUCUUCCAGGCACAUACAGUGUCACUGCCUCAGCACCUGGGUUCGACUCAGAGACCGUGAUUGUGACCGUGGGUCCUGGGGAACCAAAAGUGGUUGAUUUCCAACUCAAGAGAAGCAUCCCUCAAGUAACUGAGUUGCCAAAGCAGCACCUGGAGGCAGAGUCUUACCAAAGCGAGUACAGCCCUGGGUAGCCAAGUGAAAGAUACAGAGAGGGCAGCAGCCAAGUCCCGGCCUGAAAUCUACAGCGAUUCACAGUGGCCUGCGGAGCACUUCAGAAAGGCUUUGGUCCUGUCUCCAAUCAAAUGAAGCAUUCUUUCUAUUUUAUUUUCUGGGACAUAUUUAAAUAUAAACGUAUU